AUGCGCCUGUAUAUGCACAACAAGGCCAUCGGCGAAGGGAAGAAAGAAGCGUCUCCAAGAUCAAAAGAGAAGAUUAAAGGUUUCGUUGAUUUUUACCACAUCAACAUGGACGACUUCGAGCCCUCCGAUAUCGACGCAUACGACAACUUCGAGGAUUUCUUCGUCCGAGCUCACAAGCCUGGCUCUCGUCCUAUACACCGCAAGGACGAUCCCAGCGGCGCCGUGGUAGUUGCCGACUCCCGGGCUGUAGUCUACGAAACGGUUGCGGAAAGCAAGAAGCUCUGGAUUAAAGGCAGCGAUUUCUCCAUCACCAACCUUGUCAUGGACAAGCAGCUCGGGCCAAAGUUUGCCGAUGGGUCUGUCGCGAGCUUCCGGCUCUCGCCGCAAGACUACCACCGCUACCAUAGCCCCGUGACUGGCACUAUCAAGUGUUUUAGGAGCAUGCCUGGUGACUACUACGACGUCGACCCCUGGGCUUUGCGGAGUGACGUAGACAUCCUCACUCGAAACGCCAGGGACUACGUUGUGAUUGAUUCCGAAGAAUUCGGCGAGGUGCUCUUUGUUGCGAUCGGCGCGGUUGAGGUCGGCACUGUCAAGAUCCAUGACGAGUGGCAAAAGCCAGGCAGCAAGAUCACCAAGGGUGAUGAGCUGGGCAUCUUCCAGUUCGGCGGCUCGUCAAUCAUUGUUGCCUUCCAAAAGGGUAGGAUCCAGUUUGACGAAGAUCUCCUUUCCGUCAGCAGGCGCGCUAUUGCUAUGGAUGUCGAGGUCGGCAUGAGUCUUGGACGGGCUGUCGGGAGGGAAUCUUGA